CUUCCGUUAUAAUGACGCGUAAUCCGGUGUGUCGGAAUUUGGCGGCGGAUGGCAGCAAAUCUAGAUUUUCUUUCUGGCCAGUCAGUCAAUGUUGUUCCUCAGGACGUGUAAGGUUGAGCAACAAAAUGAGGUGGGAAAAAAAAUCAAAAACGCCGACGAGGUGGGAGUGCCUGUGAGGAAAGCGCUUCCUGGUUGCAAGCCUAUGACGUCAGCGUGUAAGUGGCUCAUCCUCAAUUGGUACUCGAGGGGAUGCCGCCGACCCCGCUGCCUACUGCGCGCAUUCGCAACCACCAAACGGUAAUCCCACCCCAACCCAUCCUCGUGCGACACGACCGCUCACCAACGCCACCAUGGAGGACAUCCUGCGGAGACUUCACAAAGACUCAGCCGGACACAAGCACAAAAGCCUGCGCGACGCCUGCGUGCUCGCCUGCGAAAGUCUGGAGUCCCAAAACGCAUCAGCCAAGCUGUCGCCGGCGGAGUUGCGGGUGCGCUGUCUUCUUCCUCUCCAGAUUGCACUGGAGUCCAAAAACGACAAGCUGGGUCAGACGGCGCUCAGCGGCAUGCAGAAGCUCCUGUGCGAGGACCGCUUUGUGGACGGGAACGACGUGAAGGCGGAGCCCGUGAAGAAUCAGCUGGUGAGUCAGAUGUUGGCGGCGGUGCGAGUGACGCCAGAGCUGCACGAGGACCUGCAGGUGGAGGUCAUGAAGGUUCUUCUCUGCGUCACCUACUCGCCAAACUUUGGCAUCAGCGCAGACUCCAUCCUACGUGUCGCUCAGGUGUGCAUGGAGACGUACGCACGCAGCUGUCAUCAGCGGAGCAUCAACACCGCGGUCCGAGCCACCCUCAGUCAGAUUCUGGGAGAUUUUACACUGCAGCUGCGACACCGACAGGAGGGUGCAGCUGGCGAGGAGCUGACUACCCCGCCUCUGCAGACAAGGGACGUGUCUCCAACUAGCCGGGUGCUUUGCGACGACGUGGUGAUGGUCUUGAUGCUCUUCUGUGACAAGCUGGAGUCGGUCGACUGUGACGAGCAGCUGCUGCAGCUGCUUUACCUGGAAAGCAUCUUGUCCAUGCUCAGCUCCUGCCCUCCCACAAUGCACUUGUCUGGACGCUUCAUUGAACUCGUCUGGAAGCAGCUGUGUCCGUCACUGGUGGCUAUCAUGGGAAAUCCGGUCACUGACAAAACUAUCGCCUCCCACCGUGGCCAAAUGGGGGCGCCAGAGUGUCCCCAUCCGGGCGCUGGCCAGGAGACGGAGUCUGCUGUGGGAGCCGUGUCUGACCAGGGUCGAGGCUCGGGUCGCUCAGCCGGCGCCCCCGCCAGGAUGGCGCCGGUGGUGCGGACCGUGUGCUAUGUGGCGGCCGAGCUGGUCCGCCUGGUGAGCUGCGUGGAGUCCAUGAAGCCCGUGCUGCAGUCGCUUUACCACCGGAUCCUGCUCUACCCGCCGCCGCAGCACCGCACCGAGGCCUUGCGUGUCACCAAGGAGAUUGUGGGAAGUCCUCAGCGGCUGUUCGACCUGGCCGGGCUGGGCCUCACCGACCCCGAAGGCGGGAAGCGAUCCUUCUCCAAAAGGAAGUCACACCUGGACUUGCUGCGACUCAUGAUGGACGGCAUGAAGGAGGCGUGCCUGAAGGGUGGCGCGGAGGUGUGUUACUGGAGCGUCUUGUGCGUGUGCGCUCUGCUGCGAGCACUAGAGGAGCUGUCACAGGGGCAGGGCCUCACACCAGAGCAGGUUCGUCUUGCACUUCGUCGCCUUGAUGAGCAGAAGGAUGGCACGGAGUUGUCUCGCGCGUCCACGGAGGGGAAUGAGGCCGACGUUCUGUGGCAGAGGUGGAUUCUGUCCUCCGAGGGGCCACCAUGGGACGCCGCGCUGGAGCGCAGCCCCGACGUUAGCAUUAGCCUCACCACAGACGCAGGCCAAACCGUGUUGGACUCUGAGGAGGAGACAAGGCCGUGGCAGGAGGCCUGCGUGGUUCCGCCCGAUGUGGUCCUACAAAGCCACGCCCCCGUGUACCCCGACAUCACCAACUUCCUGUCGGUGAACUCCAGAACUGCGUCGCGCUACAGCGAGAGCAACUUCAGCAUGGAGGAGCAGGACUCGUCGAGGACGGAGUUGGACUCGUGCGACCAGUUCUCCACGGCGGCUGAGAAGGACUCGGGCCGUUCGGACGCGUCGGACGUGGGCUCCGACAACGCAUCGCUGGCCGACGAGGACGAGUCCGGUCCGUCGGAAGUGCCAGCUCGGCUCUCGCUCAAGCCGCCGUGCCACCGGGAAGCGGACCGGCAUGGUGCCCGCCUCUUUGUGCGCUCGCUGGCUGCGCUGCUGCCCAGACUUCUCAACGCCGAUGCCGCCCCCAGAGUCGACGGGCUCUUGCAGGACUUUGCAUGCACCUUCUGCUCCGGACUGCGGGCCGAUGGGAUCCCCUCGCCGGGCGUGGAGGUGGGGUUGACUCUGAGCUGUCAAUCGCUGAUGAACGCCGACGGCAUCUACCUGCUAUCCUUCUACGCGCUGCUGCUCAACCUCAAGCUGCGCAACUGCAACUUCUACCAGCGAAGGGCGCUGCCCACUGUGCUGGGCCCGAAGGAGUUUGUGCGUGCUAUCCAGAGCAGCGGCGUGCUGGUGCUCUUGACCCAGGCGUGGCUGGAGGAGGUCCACCGUCAACUUCUGGAACGAGACCUGCUAGCUCAGGUCAGCUCCUGGCCGGUGCCUGAUGAGAGAACGCCACCUCUCCUAACCAUGCUGAUUGACAUCGACGGUUUGGGCAGCAGUGCGGUUGGCGGUCAGCUGAUCGCGAGGUUCAGCCAAUCAGCACCUUCGUGUAACAGAGCAGGCAGCGACGCCAUGACGGCGGGCGCCGCAUUGUCGCGCUUCCUGCUGACAGGCGUGUGGAGCCAGCUUAUGGAGAUCUUGUCGGCACCGCUGACGGGCCGGGUGGCCGGCAGCUCUAAGACACCGCCGGUCUUCGCCAGGGAGCAGAGCCAGCCACAGCGCGACACCGUCUGUCUCAGUCUGGAUGGACUUCGGCAGGCCGCCGCGCUCAGCUGCGCCCUCGGUGUGGCCACCAACUGCGCGGCGGCCUCGGCCCAAAUAGCCGCCGCCUCCUGCGCGCUGGAGGAGUGCGAUGAGAGGGAGGGGCCUGAGGCGAGGGAUGCUCUCACGCAAGUGAAGCAGCGUCUGGAGCAGAUGGCGCGGCCGGCGGCCGGCGGCCUGCAUGCGGCGCACGUGCUGUGCAUGGAUGCCAUCUUGAACGUGGGCUUGGAAAUGGGUAGUCACAACAGCGACUGCUGGACACAUGUCUUCAGGGUGACAGAGUACAUCAGUUCUCUGGAGCAUGCUCUCUUCAGCGUCACCUCUCAGGCGGCACCCCCGGCCGCCCUCCCCAAGCGGUGUCAGCAGGGUGUGCCCGCCAAUCGGGCACAAGCCAACGCCUUCUCGCCCUGCCCAACUCUGCCCCUCAAUUUUCCACCGACUGUCCGGGAGCUUCUGGUCCAGGGCGAAGGAGGGGAGCGCGGACCGGACGUCAAAGAGGGAAGCCCGCUUACCGGGGCUAGCACCGCCAAGUUUGUGUGCGCGCUGUCCACGCAGGCCGACAGGUUGUUUGAAGACGCGUCGGGUAAACUGAACCUGCUGUCUCUGCUGGGCUUCCUGCAGCAACUGAGGAAAGCGUCCCGGUGUCAGCUCUUCCACUCCAUCUCUGACACUGGGGACUAUUCGCUCGCCAUGCCAGGAGUGCACAAGUCGGCGCACAAGUCCAGCUCCCUGCACCUUUUCCGUCUGGGGGAGGCCAUGCUGAGAAUCGUCAGAGACCACGACAGGCCGCUGCUGCACAAGAUGAGGGCCUGGAGCGUGGUGGCGCCGCACCUGGUAGAGGCGGCAUGCCACAAAGAACGUCACGUGUCCCAGAAGGCGGUUUCUUUCAUCCAUGACGUCCUGACCAAGGUUCUGAGGGGCUGGAGCGAGCCGUCUCACUUCCGCUUCAACGAGGCACUCUUCCGACCGUUUGAGCACAUCAUGCAACUGGAACUGUGCGACGAUGACGUCCAGGACCAGGUGGUAACAUCCAUUGGCGAGCUGGUGGAGAUGUGUUCUCCUCGCAUCCUGUCCGGCUGGCGUCCGCUGUUCAGUGCCCUCAGGACUGCCCGCAGCGCCAAGAUGGAGGCCAAAGACGAGCUGCCAGGAGAAUAUGGUGUUGGAGAGCGCCAGGCGCCUGUCUUCGACGUCUUUGAGGCCUUCAUUGGCACGGACAGCGUCCAGGUGUUUGCCAAUGCCGCCGCCGACUGCAUCUUGUGCCUCAUGAAGUUCGUCAAAGGUUUAGGUGAUGUCGACAACGAGGAGAUGGGUGAGCGUACGCUGCCGCCGUCGUCCCGCAGCUCCCUGGACCUGUGCCUGCCAGCGCUAGCCUACCUGCGUCGAUGUUCUCAGCUGCUGGCCAGCAUCUACAAGAUGCCAUCAAACCCCGUCUUCCUCGGGGCGCGGCCGGCCAGCUUGCCCGCCGGGACGGGUGGCCGGAUCGCACUGGAAGGCAUGCUGCGGGACUUUGAUGACGACACGGGUCUAAUCCAGGUGUGGAUUCUGCUUCUGGAGCAGUUGACGGCCGCCGUGUCCAACUGUCCUCGCAGGCACCAGCCACCUACCCUGGAGACACUCUUCCUGCUACUGCGAGAGAUUGCCGUCGUGCCAGGUCCGGGCUUCGCCAUCUGGGCUGUGGUGCAGCUGCUGCUGCCCGCCAUGUUGCUGUGGCUGCAGCGUAGCCGUGGUGAGCCCGCCUUCUGGGACACGGAUGCCGCCAACUUCAAACACGCCAUCGGCCUCUGCUGCGAGCUGGUGGUGGAGCACGUCGGCACCUUCAUCGACGCAGACCUAGGUUGUGAGUUUUGGAUCAACCUGAUGCUGAAGGAGCUCUUCGGGCUGUUGGUGUCAUGCGUGUCGCAACCGGCUGAGACCGUCUCUCGAGUGGGCUGCUCCUGCAUCAGGUACGUGCUGGUGACAGUGGGUCCGCUCUUCACUGAGGAAAUGUGGAGGUUGGCCUGUUGUGCCCUGCGGGACGCCUUCUCUGCUACCUUACGGCCUGUCAAGGAGCUAGCGUCAUCUUUCCGCAGCGGCUCAGAUAGUCUCUGCGGCGACGCCUGUGAAGUGAAGGUGGCCGCUGCCUCACCAUCCCCGUCGGCGGAGGCCGAGCGCCAGAGGAUCAGAGCCACGGCGCAGCAGGUGUUCAUGUCCGACAGCCAGUGCCUGCCAAAGACCCCCAACAACAAGGACGGUUUUGAGCAUGUCCAGUCUUGCGUUUUCAUCAUUGAGCCACCGUUUGACCAUCACGCUGACGGACACGCCCAUAACAGCAUUCCAUUCCGUAGCGUGGUGGUGAGCCUGUUGUCACAUCAAGUUCUUCUGCAGAAUCUUUCGGACGUCUUGCUGGAGGAGUUUGUCGAGCAGCCCGCUGGCCAGGAGAAGGUGACGCCUGUCACGCCUGAACCCACCCCGCGUGCGGCGGGCUUCCUGCGCUACGUGUCCACGGCCAACCUUUCCAUCAUCCUCGACCUGCUGCUUGACUCCUACAGGACGGCGCGCGACUUUGACAGGCGUCCGGGUCUCAAGUAUCUGUUGAUGAAAGUGUCAGGCGUGGGCGGCGCGGCCAAUCUCCACCGCCAGGCGGCCAUGAGCUUCAAGCUUUACAUGCAGGCGCUAUUGGCGGCCAUCUCCACUCAGGCUGACGGCAUGACGGCUCAGCAGGUCAAGAUGAUUCUUGACGAGGACGGAAGCUCGGACUCCUCGCGUCCCGGCUCGGCAUCCACGGAGGACGAGGACAUCUUUGAAGAGACGGCGCAGGUGAGCCCCCCAUGGGGGCGCGACCAACGGCAUCAGCGGCAACCCACCAUGUCAUCCCUGAGUGCGGCAGCGGGCAGUGUGUCGGAGUGGGCGUGGCUGGUGAAGCGUCUUCACAAGCUGAGCGCCGACGUCUGCGCCAGUUACAUCCAGAUGCAUCAAGACCUGGAGGAGGAGGAAGUCUUCGCCAUCGCGCCAACGUUGCCCUCUCCCUCGCGAGGCGGGGACGGCCACGCCUUCUUCCUGCCACUCUUGCCAUUCGAGUCACCCGUGCCCCCGGAGGAAGGUGGAGUCACGAGUGGUACCGGCGUGCCUCCAUCGUCGAGAGAUACGCCCGCGCACAGUCCCGCAUUCAGCUGCGCAGGAAGCGUCCCCGCCAGAAGCCUGGCCAAGCUGGUGAGCCAAUACAAAUGCAGGAAGGAGCAGCAGCAGCGCGACAGGCGGUGGGGGCGGGUCCAUGGGCAGGAGCAGCAGCUGCCAGCGGCCCCUCCCCUCAGACAUUCGCACAGCGCCAGAGUUCUUGGGUCCAGAUCGGGUUCAGCUGUCAGCGCUCACGGACACGUUGCUGCCAGUGAUGCGCAAGCGCAGAUACAGGCGUGGAGCAGCAUGGUGGCGACAGCACUGCACCAGGUCCUGCAGCUUUCUGACGUGGCCUUUGUGGCGCUUCAGCCGGCGCUUUACCCGAGCGUGUGCCGGCUGGCGUGUCACGUCAGUGACGGCGCCGUGGGGCAAGCCCUGUGCCACUGGCUGGAACGUGUGGGAAGACUCUAUGGCAUCAUCGCCUGACGUCCAUUUGACGCCACGUCCUCUCGGCGUGGCGGCGCAAUCCUUUGCUUGUCGUGGCUAAUUCCCUGCUAGCUUCCUGCCACUGCGGUGCCCGUCCCGCCUGCAAGGAGCAAGGGUGAGCCGACGGUAAAGCUGUCAAGAUGAUCAUGCAGACCACAGUUUUGUCUUGCGUGGUGUUUUUGUUGCCUCCUGGUCAAUAUUGUUUGUUAGCCAGCACGUCCCGUAUUGAUGUCUUCUUUAUGGAUUUGCGUCAAUUCUUAGUUGUGCCUUCUGCACUGUCCUCAAAUACAAGUUGCGGUUUGGUCCAUUGAAUAAGUCUUUUUUCCCUAAGCCUGUCCUACUGUCCUACUUUGUGAGCAGUCAUUGAACGUCAUCAGUUUCCCCAUCAACUUGAGUACAGCGGAACUUUAUUAUUAUUUAACAUCUGUGUCAUAGUACAGUAUGUAACAAUGGCGUGUAUCAUAAUGAAAUACAAACAAUACACAGUAUACAGCACUAAAUAAAGUACAAUAUAAUACAGGUAAAAUAAAAAGCUAGGGCUUUUGUCAAUUAUACAAACAAGAUUAAUAGUGUUGGCGCUAUCCACGCCUCACGGCAAAAGCCCUAGUCAAUCACCUGUUAUCCAAUUUACUCAUCGCAUGCUCAUUUUAUUUCUCGGUUUUAGGAAAAGGCUAAGACACCGAAACAAAAUUUAGACUUACACAGGUUGGUUGAGUUCAAUCACAAUUCUUGUUAAGAAAGCUCUGUUUUCAGGAAAGUACAAUACAUGGCUGGGCCUUUUGUGCGACCAUGCUCAAGAGCAGAAAGUCUCCAUUCAGGAAAGGCAACGUUCAAGGUUAUUUGGUCGGCUUAUAUUCAGUUGCACAUGCCAGUGUGGGCCGAGUUUGAUGGGUGAUGAGUCAGGGGGUGUGGCAAGUUCGCAGGAGAGUUUGAUUCCAUGGGAGUGGGUGCUGGUUUGGUGAGAGCUGGUUCCGUGGGGUUGGGUGCUGAUAUGGGCGAUUCGAUGUGUGUGGGGGCUGUUGUUUUUAUUCCGUCUUUCAGCCUUGACGAUCAUCUUUGGCCGGGUUCUGUCUCCCUCUGGCACCUCUACUGGUUUUUAUCUCCAAGUGUCCUUCCUGUAAACCAUUCUUGCAUAUACGCACAUCCACUUCGCCCACUGUCGCACGCCGCCCAUUCAUCAUUCUUUCAAUUUUGUCAUUUUGUGCGGAAUUAUGUGAGCUUUUGGCUGUGACAUCAAUUUAUUAAUGUUCCCUGACUAUACAAAGUUUGUACGCACCACUUACCAUGUUUUGUUUGUUUGACCAUUUGAUACUCCAUGUACUUGCUUACGUCAUCACGUCAUCAUAUUCUUAGUUUAAUCAUGCUUCCAACCAUAUAUUUUCUUUGUUUGGCAAAAUACCGUUUUUUUUCCCAUGUAUAAUACGCACCCAAAAAUGGCAUGUCGAUGCUGGAAAAAAAGCCUGUACCCAUGUAUAAUACGCACCCAAAUUUUGACUUUUUUUUUUUUUUUUAAGUCCCAAUGAUCGUCACACACGCAUCUGGGUGUGGUGAAAUUUGUCCUCUGCAUUUGACCCAUCCCCGUGUGAUUUUGAUCCAUCCCUUGGGGGAGAGGGGAGCAGUGAGCAGCAGCGGCGCCGCGCUCGGGAAUCAUUUGGUGAUCUAACCCCCCAAUUCCAACCCUUAAUGCUGAGUGCCAAGCAGGGAGGCAAUGGGUCCCAUUUUUAUAGUCUUUGGUAUGACCCGGCCGGGUUACAUAAGUCCGUAAACGUAAAAUUAUUUCAGAAAAAUGAUGUUCCAGUUAUUUAUCACAAUUAGUUUACCAAGUCUGUGCUUUGAGUUCCUCCAAUAAACCCUUGUCCAAGCUGCA